AUGGAUAACAAUACGAAGUUACAAGCUGAUCUUCAAAGAUACGUUUAUCAGCUCAGGAUUGAUGCAAGCAUUCUGGUUGUAGAACUAUCAGAUCCGACAAUUUCAAAAAAUGCUUUUGAAAGGACACUUUUAAUGGAGGAAAGGACACGUUAUAUGCACGAAAUGCGCGAAAUCAAAGGAAGAGUAAAUAGGAUAUCUCCCCUGGUUUUGGCUGAUAUGAAAGAUUAUGGCAAGACAAACAACGGUGAUAAAGAUACGGGCAGUGAAACGAAAACAAAAGGAGACGAAAAAAGCGGUGAUGAUGACAGUGAAGGAAUUCCUGAAGAAAAAGGAACGCCUGAGGAGAAAGUCUUAGCUGCUGAAGAUAAAGGAUCAACAUCGGAGGAAAAGUAA